AUUUUUGGUUUUUUUUUUUGAAUCGUCCUCAAAAUCCUCCGAGCCUUCUUUCGACACUCCAAACCACGAAAAUACCGUCAAAAUGCCUCGAAAGAAGUGGAUCGAUAAGAAAACUGCGACGCAUUUCACUCUCGUUCAUCGCCCGCAGACGGAUCCUUUGAUUCACGAUGAGUCGGCGUCUGCUAUGGUCCUGAACCCUACGCCCCUCCCGAACUCGAACAAAGUCAAGAAACUCGACGAUCUUGCGUCCGAACUUGGCUCCGAUGUGGAGAAGAUAAGAGAAAACGAGGGCGAGGCUGCGAACUAUGGCAUCUACUACGACGAUUCCGAGUACGAUUACAUGCAGCAUAUGCGCGACUUGGGCUCUGGCUCAGGAGAGGCAUACUUCGUGGAGGCACCAGCGCCAAAGAAUAAGGGCAAAGGCAAACAAUCCCUUGAAGAUGCAUUGAAGGAUGCAAAUCUUGAGGAUCGGACGGGUCCGUUGCUAGAUGAGGAGAUAUUACCGUCGAAGAACUUGAGAAAAGUAACAUACCAGGCACAACAAAAUAUUCCAGAUGCCCUAGCAGGCUUCCAACCAGAUAUGGAUCCGCGAAUAAGGGAGGUUCUUGAGGCCCUAGAGGACGAAGCCUAUGUCGAUGAGGAUGAGGAUAUCUUCGGAGAGCUGGCCAAGGAUGGAGAGGAGGUUGAGGAGGUUGAAUUUGAGCAAGGUGCCUGGGACGACGAGGAUGGUGGUUGGGAAUCAGAUGACACAGCUAAGCCGGCAAAGGAAUACAAGGACGCCCCUGAGCUCACAGCGGAAAUGGUCGACGAUGAACGUGAGGAUCAUGGUGAUGGUUCGUGGAUGGAGGAUUUCAGUAAAUUCAAGAAGGACCAGAAGGCUAAGGCCACGCCCAUGGCACCCUUCCAAUCGGAUCUACAGUCUUCGAUCAUGACUACUACAACAAAUGGUGGCCGACGGAGGAAGAGAAAAGGUGCUUUGACCAAUCCAUCGAGCUACUCAAUGACCUCGUCCUCAAUGUUUCGCACUGAGGGUCUCACUACUUUAGAUGCAAGGUUCGAGAAGAUCGAGGAACAGUACAAUGAGGAUUUCGACGACAUGGCCUCUGUCUCUGCUGCAUCUUCCACCGUUUCGAGCGUCCAAGGACCUGUCAGAGGUGACUUUGACAGCAUCAUAGAUGAUUUCUUGAGCAAUUACACUAUGAGUGGGAAGAAACAUGUGAAGAAAGGGAAGUACCAGAGUGGAAUGGAGCAACUCGAUGAGGUUCGUAAAGGUCUUGGACCAGCAAGAAUUCGCAGUCAAAAGGCAUGAUGCUGUCAGUGUUCUGGGCGUUCAGAGAGGCAGAAUAGCAUAGGAUGGCGUACUGUGUGGUUAAAGAUACCGUGGUACUUGGAGAUUUGGGACCGGAGCUAGUUUGUAGUUAUUCGCCUUAGCUGAAUUGAGAAUAAUAUUGAUCGCAUGCUCCAGAGAUAUAUAAUUCGC